CAUACAAUCAUACGCAUGCAUUUGUGUACUCGUUACCUUCCACGCCUUUUGUUUUCCAAUUUUCUUAACCAUAAAUAGCACCAAACUCGAACCUGGACAUAAUAUUGUCCGACAGAUUAGAGAAAUAAAAUGCGGGUCCAAUUCACAAUUCUUUCCUUUCUUCUUCUUAAUCUAAUUAUUACAAUUAUUCAUCCCCAAUCAAAAUGGAUAGUUCAAGCUCAAUUAAUUCCUGCAAAAUUUGAUGGUUUUGUGUAUGGAAAUCCCAAGAAAUUCAACCCAGAAAGUAUUUUAAUUGAAGCUUUCUUUGACCCUGUUUGCCCAGAUUCUCGUGAUGCUUGGCCUCCUCUCAAACAAGUUCUUCAUUUAUAUGGUUCUAAAGUCUCCCUUGUUGUUCAUCCUUUCCCUCUUCCGUACCAUGAUAAUGCGUUUGCAACAUCUCGAGCAUUGCAUAUUGUUAAUGAAUUGAACAGUUCUGCAACAUACCCCUUAUGGGAAAGUUUCUUCAAGGAUCAGAAUAAGUUCUACAACUCAGAGACUAGCAGCAUGACGAGAAAUGAGAUUUUAGACCACAUUGUCGACUUUGUAACAAAAUCUGUAGGUCAUGCUUAUCAAUCUGAUGUAAAAUCUGGCUUCAGUGACAGGAAGACUGAUCUCAAAACAAGGGUUUCAUUCAAGUAUGGUUGUUCAAGAGGUGUCUAUGGAACUCCGGCUUUUUUUGUGAAUGGCUUUCCUUUGCCUGAUGUUGGCUCUCCAGUAGAUUACAAUGGAUGGAGGAAGGUCAUUGAUCCACUUGUUAGUUCAAAGAGGGAAUAUGAAUAUAUGUAGUACGAAUCUUAGUACCUCAGCAUUGUAUGUUUGUCUUUAGCCAUCUCCGAAAGUUAUAUCCUAACAAUGUGGAUGGGGAACUUCUCAAAGUAUGUAGAUCAAUUCCCUACAGCAGAUUGUCAUGGUUGAAGUUGGUUUCCAACUUAAAUGUUUGUUGUACCUGUUAUAUUCUAGCAAAUACAGAGUAUAUAAUUAAUAGAGUACAUAAAGAUCAAAGUGCCAACUCUCAAGUUUAUCAAGUGACUGGAUUGAAUAAAUUGAUUCUCCAUUUAAGGGCCAAA